AUGCUGGAAUCCAAUGAUACUGCUUACUUGAAGCAAUGUUAUUUAAAUUUUAAAAAAGGAUUAAAUGAUAAUCAAUUAACUCAUUUUUCAAAAUUAAAGAAUGAUUUUCAGAGAUUUGAUUAUAUUAAUGGAUUGCAAGUAAUAUUUCCAAUGAUAAAUAAAACAAGUAAUGGUAAGGAUAAAAAUGAAGCUAAGAUAAUAAAAAAUAAUGGAAACAAUGCUUUUCAAACUGCUAAUUAUGAUUUAGCAUUAAAAUUGUAUACAAAAAGUUUAAUGAAGUCACCUAUAGAUGAAGAAAAUAAUGAAAUAUCUAUUAUACGAGCAAAUCGAUCAGCAGCAUUAUAUCAUUUAGAAGAAUAUCAAGCCGCUCUAAAUGACAUUGAGGCAGCUUUAAGGCAUGGAUAUCCUAAAGAUUUGAUUUAUAAGAUUAAAGACAGAAAGGCUAGAUGUCUAUUAGCUUUAAAACAAAAUAAAGCAGCUUUACAUAUUCUGAAACAAACUCUAAUUGCUUUGGAUGAUGCAAAAUUACCAUUGGAGAGAAGAAUGAAAUGGCAAAAAGAUUUACAAAUUAUGAUAACAAUGAUGACAAAAAAUAAACUUGCAGAUGAAAAAAUAAAACAAAAGAAGCAAGACAGGAUCCAUGGCGAAAGCAAUAAAUUGUAUCCAGCAUUAAAUAAUUCUAUUGAAAUAAAAUAUGACCAAUAUUCAGGCCGAUAUGCGGAAGCUAAAAGAGAUAUAGAACUAGGAGAAGUAUUUUUAUGUGAAGAUCCUCACUGUUCUGUAUUACUAGAAAAUCAGUGUGAAACCCAUUGUUUUCAUUGUAUGAAGAGCAUUGCAGCUGGGGAACCAUGCCCACUCUGCGACAGAGUUAAAUUUUGCAGUGAAAGGUGCCAAAAAUUGGCAUUGAGCACUUACCAUUUAAUUGAAUGCCCAAUACUUCAAGCACUAUGGGAAUCUGGUAUAUCCAUAACAUGUCUCAUGGCUCUCAGAAUAAUAAGCCAGAAAAAUCCUCAAUACUUUUUUGAUUUGGAAAACAUAUUGAUGGAAAACAAUAAAGACCAGAUAUGGAAUAAAAAACAGUAUUCAUUUAAGGACUACUGUGCUGUAAAUCAAUUAGUGAGACAUGAAGAAAAAAGAACAAUAGAUGCGCUGAUACAUAAGAGUUAUAUAGCUGUGUUUUUAUUCCGCUGUCUAGAAGAAACAAGUUAUUUUAAAGAUAUUCCAAGUAAUGAACAAAAGAAGUAUUUCACUCUGAUAGGUGGGUUAUUGUUGCAGAAUUUGCAAUUAUUACAGUUUAAUGCCCAUGAAAUUUUUGAUUUACAAACCUUAGAGUUAGAUUUGACUAAAAGCAAAUCAAGGUUUAUUGGGGGUGGCUUGUACCCCACAUUGGCUUUAUUCAACCAUUCAUGUGAUCCAUGUUUUGUCAGGUAUUUUCAAGGUACUAAAGUUUUUGCCAAAGCAAUAAAACCAAUCAGAGCUGGUGAAAUUGUAUCUGAAAAUUAUGGACCAAUUUUUACUGAAGUGGAAAAAAGUAGAAGACAAAAUGAAUUGCGAGAAAGAUAUUGGUUUGAUUGUAAAUGCAUUCCUUGCACUGAAGAAUGGCCUUUACUAAAUGAAAUGGAUAAUGACGGAUUACGGUUUAGGUGUGAUAACAAGAGAUGUACCAAUGUAAUUAUUGUUCCAACAACUACAACUGAUUUUAUAAUCAAAUGCUCAGCCUGCGGUAAAAAUAUAAACAUUUUAAAGGGACUUAAAGUUCUACAGGAUUCUGAGGACUUAUAUAGACUGGGACAGAAUUAUUUGAAAAAUGGAGAAUCGGAAAAAGCUUUAGCAAAAUACACAGAACUCUUAAUACUUCUUGACGAAACGUUAGCACCGCCUUUCAGAGAUUACCAUCUCUGUCAACAAGGCUUAAGGACAUGCUAUCUUACAAAUGGAAAUAUUGACAAGAUGUAG